CGAUUUUUUAACCUGGUCAACUCCUCUGAUGUGUCACUGCCUGCAAUUGGUCUUGGCAGGCAUAGCCGUCCUCCUUUGGCUGAUAGAAAUCGUAACGGUGGCGUCCAUUACUCUACACGUUGUGCUUCUUCCUGGCCGAUUAAAAAAUUUGAUGAGCUUCAUCAUUCGUCCCAUAGGCCAUACCAACUAGAUUGUGUGAGGCAGAAUCAUUCCAUCCAGUCUGAACUAAUGGCUACCCAAGACAUAGUCUCCCGUCUGCGUCGUGUUGUGCCCCGAUCAGCUAAACCUAAUAUGAAUCGAACUCCCCGUCGUACCAAGCUCGAAAACCAAUUGAUUGACCUUCUGGAUGAUACGGUGGAGAGUUUUCAGCACAUUGUGAAUGACCCUGUCUUGAGCGGACUUGCGAAGUCUUUGCUGAUUGCCUCGCCAUCUCAUCCUCUUGAGUCCAACGCUACUAAUGACUUGACUGGCAUCAACUGCUCCUCCAGCAAUUACCACGACAGUGGCUAUUUGCAGUCGCCUACCCCGGGAUCUGGAUUUCUCGAAGGAUCUGCAUCUCACACAUUUGCUCAAGAUCAGUGUGUUUCCCAUUCAAAUGUCUCCUCAUUUGAGUCUGUCACUCUUGUAGCCUCACCCCUUUCUUGUUCGUCUCCAGGAUUGGCCCCUGGCUCCAGUCCUACUGCAAUUGCUUCUUCACCAUCCUCAAUCCUAUCCAUGAAUCAUAGAACUUCCAUACCUAACCAACCAGCCCAAAUUAGUCCGUCGAUUACCAUCUCACUUCGCCAGGCCAGAAUCGAUCAGGCCUCCAGUCUCUCGGAGGACAGUGGCUUGAGUAUUCGAUCAUCCUCGCCUGUUUUGUCGCCGUCAUCAUUGCCGACUGGCUCAUUGGCAUGGAACCAUCUGCCUAUGCAUGGGUAUGAACAGCCCUCUGAUGAGUCUGCUGUAGAAAAAGGGACACGUCUUCUCUGUGAUUGGUUAGACUGGAGGAAGGACACGUAUUAA